GCGUUUCUCUCCCCUCUGCUUUUCUUCUGCUUUUCUACAACUACAAUUAGAAAAAUUUGCUCACUCUCUGUGACAGCUUUAAAAGGGUUUGAUUGAACACACACACAAGCACACUUCUUCAUUUCAUAUCUCUUUCUUUGCGUUGGCUUGGGGGCCCUUUGGCUGUGCACAUAUACAGCAAACGAGACUAGCCUGAUUAUUAUUAAAACUUGACCUAGCAGCGAAAGCCCAUUACUCGCCUCUUCAAAAACCCUCUUCUUACCUUUUUACUCCUUGAUAUCUUGAGGGCUUUUUGACAUGGCGGAGAGUUUAGACGACGGUGAGUUUUGGCUUCCUCCUCAGUUCCUUACUGACGACGACAUACUCAUGGACAUGAGUAAGAGCAACAACAAGAAAGACGCGUUUGACUCUGAAGCUGAAGCUACCAAACCUUUGUUUCCGUUUGAGUUUUCGUAUGGUUUUGGUUCUUUUGGACACUCUUCCUCGGAUCUCAGUUCUCCUGUUGAGUCGGUGAUGGGGUCAACCGAGACCGAGAGUGACGAAGAAGAUUUCAUCGCUGGGUUGACUCGCCAAAUGGCUCACUCUACUCUUGAGGAAGAUUUCGCUGGAAACCACAAAACUAAGGGUCGGUUUGUAUCCGGUUCGCCUCAAUCGACGCUAUGCGCGGUUGGGAGUGGGUGCGGCUGUAGGCAGGGCUCGAGCCGUGGAAGUCCUAACUGUCAGUCACGGGUUUCUUCACCGCCGGGAACUUGGGAUCUGCUGUACGCGGCUGCAGGGGAAGUUGAAAGAAUCAGAAUGAACCAAGAAUCAUACGGUUGCUAUAAUCACAACAGGGGACUAUUGGGUCCACCCAGAAAACCAUCUCCAGUCUCUGUCCCUGUAAAGAACCACGCGAACCUUUUUGAUGUUGGUUUCUACAACGCUCAACACCAGCACCAGCACCAGCACCAGCAGCAGCACCACCACCAACAGUCGCUUUCUCACCAGAAGUUACAAGCUUCUCAAUUUCAGCAUCUGAAGCAACAACAAAUGAUGAAGCAGCAACAAGGUUCGUCAGUUUGGGUAGGACCACAGUCACAGGCCAAGGCAACCACUGGACUAUAUCAAGUUGGUCUCAACCGAGUCCAAAGUAGAAACACAACUCGGCCCCUUGGUUUGUCGCAAUCUGCAUGGCCUCCUCUGCAACAAGCACAGCAGCAACAACAGCAACAACAAAACGGGUCGGGUAUGCGGGCUGUGUUUCUUGGAGCUCCGAGUGGUAAAAAAGAAUGUGCUGGUACCGGUGUUUUCUUGCCUCGUCGCGUCAACACGCCUACUGAGACCCGCAAGAAGCCAGCUUGUUCCACGGUGUUACUUCCCGCUAAAGUGGUGCAGGCCUUGAAUCUGAACUUCGACGAAAUGGGUGCGCCGUUUCAGCCUGUUUCGGAAGUUAUGCACCGGAUACUGAUGCUACUUUGGGGUAUCGAAAUGGUUCAGAAGCGCAAUCUCAGGCAGCAGCAAGGAAUGAACCAUGAGAUCCGGUUGCCGCAGGAGUGGACUUAUGAACGUGGUCCCCUUUGGUCUUUCAUAAUUUGUGUUGUUCUUCUGGGAGUUUUUUAGGAAAGGAAAAGAAAAUUUCAAGGUUAGAAGGGUAUGAAAAAAUAAAAACAAGGGAGGCUGAUAGUUUGCUAUAGGAAAAGUAGUAUUAGAAUAUAGAUAAUAAUAGUUUUAAGGAGGAGGAAGUUUAAAAGAAAAAUGUGGAUGAUGAUGAAGAAGAAGGAAGCAGAUAUGAAAUGGUUUUUUAGGGGAUAGAAUUAGGGAAAAAUAAAAAUUCCUACUGUUAGAAAAGUGAAUGCAGUUAGCAGGGGCAGUUUUUGUUAAAUUUUGUUUGGCUACGGUGGUGGUCCUGGUGGAUGUGGAUGGAAUUUUCUGUUUCUUUUUUGUAAUUUGGGGCACAAGUGAAUGUUUUGGGGAAGCCAAGGGAAAAAAGAGAAAUAGUACCAGCUCUUAAUGAAAAGAGUACAUGGCUUUGGAUACAAUGUUUUUUCGCCAGGGAUGUUUACUUAUGCCAUGCAUUAUUGUUGUCAGUAUUGUCAUACAAUACUUGGUGUGUUUACAAAUUCCCCCUUCCAACCUGUCCACCCACUCAAUGGCCUUCAACUAAUAAUAAUAUAAUAAAACAUAAUUCAUUUUCCUAUUUUA